AUGGAUUAAAAUUAGGAGAAAAAAAACGAAAAGAAAGCUCCCUUUAUAAUUACAGCACCAAAACAAGUGAUAUCUUCUGCUUACUAACAUAUUAGUGAUUUUGAGGAAAAAUGUAGAUUUAUUGUGGAUGAGAGUGGUAAUAAAGUAUUUUAAAAACUGAAUCCUCCUCCUGAAAAACCUAAUGUGAAAGCAGGAUAUACAGAACUUUUAAGAAGAAAGUUUCCCUAUUAGGAUGAUCCAUAUGAAAGAAAGGAGUGCAUUACUCGAUAUGAGCAAUUAUAAAAUAAAGUUAAAAUACAAUGUCCUUUUAAAUGUCCUAGGAAUCAUAAAAUCAAGGAGAAGGAAGAUCAUAAAGAGAAAAAUGAUGAAUAUGGCCGAAAGGUUAUUAAAAGAAAUAUAUCGAGAUUAAUGAGUGCAACAAAGAGCAAAGAAUAAACUGAGAAACUUAAUAAAUUAAUGGUAAAAGCUGACACAUUGUUUAGGUCAAGAAAAAUUGUAAAUACUGCUAAAUAAUCAUAAAAUGCUUCUGGCUUUGAUAAAGGUGUGUUUGCAAAUGUUGAUAAAUGGAAAAAUGUGUUGGUAACUUUAGAGAAAAAAGAUGAGGAAGAAUUAUAAAAAUCAAAAUUAUCGUUUCAAAAAUAGAGGGAUGAGUAGAAACAGUAACAUAUCAUAGAAUCUGCAUCAAAGAGAAAUGAAAAAUAAGUAAAAGAGUUAAAAGACAUGGAAAUCAAAGAAUAAAGAGAAAAAAAAAAUAAAUAAAUGAAAUAGUAGAUGAUUUAAAAAGAAUUGAGAUAUAAAGAGAUAUAGGAAUAAUAAGACUUAAAAUUUAGAAAUUAUGAAUAAUAGUAAAAUACAUCAAAAAUAACAGAAAAUCCCAAAAUUGAUCUAACUCCAAUAAAUAAAACAAUCUUUUCACAUCAAUAAGAAGGUACAAAAAUGUUUAAACCAGCCACUCCAUCCUCAUUUUAAGGAAAAUAAAAUGAAUAAGAUCUCACAAAUUAAUCUUAUCAUUUUAUAUAAAAUAAAUAAGAGAUCAAUAAAUAAACCAUUGCGGAGAAAUCCAAUUAGGUGUAACAUUAAGCGAUAUCAAAAUAAAAAUCAACUGUCUAGACACCCAAAAGUGAUACUUCUAAACUAAAACAAGCAUAAAAGGCAUAAAUUGAAGUGAAAAGUGUAAAAUCUAAUUAAUUGAGUUAAAAUAAGGAUAAAGUCAAAAAGGAAAAUAGUAUAAUAAAUUAAACCAGAUAAAAUAAAUCUUAGAGGUCUUAUAGUUCAAGAUUAAAAUCAGAAGAGGAGAGAAAAUCAAAUUAUUAUUCAGAAGAAAGAAAAAUAUAAGAUAAAGAUGAAACAAGUAGAUAUUCAGAAGAAAGGAAAUCAAACAGAAAAACCCCUAAAGCCAAAAAUUAGAAAGCAGAUGAAAGAAUCAUAAUGAAACCCUAAAAUUUCACUAGAGCCACUAGUUUUAAAAAUCCAAAAAUUCCAAAAUACGAAAAUUAGUAAACGCUUAUUGUAAGAGCUUCAUCAUCAGGAAAAAGGGUUUAAGAAGAAAUGCCACUGAAUCUGAAUAAAAUAACACUACCUAAAAAACUGAAUGCAACAUAUGAUAUUUUAGAGAAAGUUGAUUUAAGCAAAUAAAUGUAACCCUAAAAGGAAGAUCAAUAUGAUGAAUUAAUAAAUGAGGUUAAAAUAGAAUAAAAUUAAUAAAGUUUAAAAAAUUUUACAGAAUUAUAUAACAGUAAAAUUGAUAAUCAGAUAGUGAUUGAUAAAUUAAAUGAGGAUUCAUAAAUCAGCAAUAAUAUUUAAAUAAGUUAGGAUCUACUUAUUAAUAAAAUUGAUAUGCUAGACUAUAAUUCUCACAGCAAUUAAAUAGAUAAACCUAAGGAGAAUCUUAUUAAUAAACAAAAUGAUAGACCAAAUGAUAGACCAAAUGAGGAAUUAUCGAUUAAUAGAUAUUUUAAAAAUGAUCUACAGAUGAUUAAGGAUGAUAGAAUCAAUGAGAAUCAAUAAAUUAUUUAGGAAGUUCAAAAUAAAUAGGAUCUUCCUAUUAAUAAAAUUGAGGAUUCUCCAAGCAAUAAAAUUGAUAUAUCAAAUGAAGAUCAAACCAUAAAAUAACUUGAUUAACAAAAUGAAAGAAAUGAUGAGGUAAUUGUAAUAAAAAAGGGUGGCUAAAAUAUGGAAUUCAUUGAGCAGCCUGUCAUUUAGGGUCUAUUGAAUAUAAAUGAUCCUAACAGGAAUGAAAAGGAGAAAGUACAAAAAAUGACUGAAUAAGGAAAGUAAAUCAGUAUGAUUAAAAACUCAACGCCAAUUUAAUUGUAAUAUUAGAAGGGAAUAUCUUAAACUCAAUCAACAAAUUCAUUGUUAAUAAAAUAAGAAUCCAAUUUUUUGAAGGAUUCUUUAUUGACUGAAAGUCUAGUAGAAUCACAAUUUAAGGAAACAAAGGGAUUAGAUAAAAAAUUAUUAAGUUCUUAAUUAAAUGAACAAGACUCUAUAAACUUAUCGGAAUCAUAAGUAACUCUAAAAUCAGCAUUGUAAUAGAGUUAGCUAUAAUAAAAAUAAUAGUGA